AUGGCUCCUAAGGUUGCAAUCGUCUACUACUCCACAUACGGCCACAUCCAGGCCCUGGCCGAGGCCGAGAAGAAGGGCAUUGAGGCCGCUGGUGGUCAGGCCGAGAUCUUCCAGAUCGCUGAGACCCUCAGCGAGGAAAUCUUGGGCAAGAUGCACGCUCCCGCCAAGGCUAGCUACCCCAUUGCUGAGCCCGCCGACCUCCUUGCCUUUGACGCUGUUCUGUUCGGUAUCCCCACCCGUUACGGUAACUUCCCUGCCCAGUGGAAGACCUUCUGGGACAAGUCCGGUGGCAUCUGGGCUACCGGUGGCUUCUGGGGCAAGUACGCUGGUCUCUUUGUCUCCACCGGUACCCAGGGUGGUGGUCAGGAGUCUACCGCUCUUGCUUCCAUGAGCACUCUUGCUCACCACGGCUUCAUCUACGUUCCUCUCGGUUACAAGACUGUCUUUGCCCAGUUGAGCAACUUGACCGAGAUUCACGGUGGCAGCCCCUGGGGUGCUGGUACCUUCGCUGGUGCCGACGGCUCCCGUAAGCCCUCUGAGCUUGAGCUUGAGAUUGCCACUGCUCAGGGUAAGGCCUUCUACGAGACCGUUUCCAAGUCGAAGCCGGAGAGCUCGACUCCUGCUGCUGAGGAACCUGUCAAGCAGGCUCCCAAGGAGCAGCAGGGUACUCAGGAACCUGCGAAGACGGAGAAGAGCAAUGAAGGACCAUGCGGUCUGCCCAAGAAGUGUGUCAUUCAAUAG